GAGGGCUGGUCCCACAGUGAGCUGUAGCCCUGCCCGCCGGCCAUGGGAGAGGCUUAAAACAAACGCCGGAAGCAACUCCCAGCCCCAGAAAGAUCUGUGACCGGCAGCGCCAGACCUGCCUGCCUUCCUGACUUCUGUUCCAGGGCAAAGGUCAUUUAGCCGCUUGAAUCAGCCUUUUUUCCCCCCCUUCCCCAACUUUGUUUACCAGAUAAGGAAGGUCAGCAUUCAAAGUCAAGAAGCGCCUCUUAUCUUCCCCUGCGUUCUACAAAUAGUUCCGUGAGAAAGAUGGCCGGGAACUCGAUCCUGCUGGCUGCUGUCUCUAUUCUCUCGGCCUGUCAGCAAAGUUAUUUUGCUUUGCAAGUUGGAAAGGCAAGAUUAAAAUACAAAGUUACACCCCCAGCAGUCACUGGGUCACCAGAGUUUGAGAGAGUAUUUCGGGCACAACAAAACUGUGUGGAGUUUUAUCCUAUAUUCAUAAUUACAUUGUGGAUGGCUGGGUGGUAUUUCAACCAAGUUUUUGCUACUUGUCUGGGUCUGAUGUACAUAUAUGGCCGUCACCUAUACUUCUGGGGAUAUUCAGAAGCUGCUAAAAAACGGAUCACUGGUUUCCGACUGAGUCUGGGGAUUUUGGCCUUGUUGACCCUCCUAGGUGCCCUGGGAAUUGCAAACAGCUUUCUGGAUGAAUAUCUGGACCUCAAUAUUGCCAAGAAACUGAGGCGGCAAUUCUAACUUUUUCUCUUCCCUUUAAUGCUUGCAGAAGCUGUUCCCACCAUGAAGGUAAUUUGGUAUCAUUUGUUAAAUAAAAAUAAAUAAAUAAAGUCUUUAUUCUGUU